GCCGGCCCAGCUCUGCUGUGUCUCCCCGCGUUGCUGAGGCGGGAGCGGCCCGGGGGGCGGCGGGGCCGGGCCCGGGCCUGUCACGGCUCUCGGAGGCUGACACCCCUCCUCCUGUGGGGAAAGGGCACCCGCGGGGCCCGACGGAGCUCUCGAUAAUCACAGUAAUUUAAUCAGCCAAUACUUUGAAUAAAAAGGACAAACAUGAUGUCAAGACAGGCCUUUCUCUGCAGUCUGGGCUCUCUGUAUUUGUCCCUUCUGUUUGUAUUUCUUCUCAUGGAUGUUUAUGCAAGGCCUGCAAAUAAUUCAGCCCUCAAAGAAAAGCCAGCAGACAGUAAAGAUGAGAAUGAGAUCUUGCCCCCAGAUCACUUGAAUGGGGUCAAGAUGGAGAUGGAUGGACAUCUGAACAAAGAGUUUCAUCAAGAAGUUUUUCUGGGAAAAGAGAUGGAAGAGUUUGAGGAAGAUUCAGAACCCAGAAAAAACAGGAAGAAGCUCAUGGUCAUCUUUUCAAAGGUGGAUAUAAACAAUGAUAAGAAGAUAGGUGCAAAGGAGAUGCAGCGCUGGAUCAUGGAGAAGACAGAUGAACAUUUCCAAGAAGCUGUGGAAGAGAACAAAAUGCACUUCCGAGCUGUGGACCCUGAUGGUGAUGGUCAUGUGUCCUGGGAUGAAUACAAAGUUAAAUUUUUGGCAAGCAAGGGCUUUAAUGAAAAAGAGAUUGCAGAGAAGAUCAAAAACAAUGAAGAGCUGAAAAUAGAUGAAGAAACACAGGAAGUUUUAGAUAACCUGAAAGAUCGGUGGUACCAAGCUGACAACCCACCUCCUGACCUGUUGUUGAAUGAAGAAGAAUUCUUGUCCUUUCUUCAUCCAGAGCAUAGCAGGGGAAUGCUGAAGUUCAUGGUGAAAGAAAUCAUCCGAGAUCUGGAUCAAGAUGGGGAUAAGAAGCUUACCCUGUCAGAGUUCAUUUCAUUACCUGUUGGCACUGUGGAGAACCAGCAAGCUCAAGAUAUUGAUGAUGACUGGGUAAAAGACAGAAGGAAGGAAUUUGAGGAGGUCAUUGAUGCUAACCAUGAUGGUAUUGUCACAAUGGAAGAACUGGAGGAAUAUAUGGAUCCUAUGAAUGAAUACAAUGCCCUAAAUGAAGCUAAGCAAAUGAUAGCAGUAGCAGAUGAAAAUCAAAACCAUCACUUAGAGCUGGAGGAGAUCCUGAAAUACAGUGAAUACUUCACAGGCAGCAAGCUGAUGGACUAUGCCCGUAACGUCCACGAGGAAUUCUGACCCUGCUCACUUUUCCAGAGCUCUGAAGCACUUUCUUGCUUUCAAAAAAUAAAAAAAAAGAAAAAAAAGAAAAAAAAAAACAACCAAGCCCAAACAGACAAAGUUCCUUUGCUGCUAUCUGUGUUGUUUGCCCACAGUGUGUUGUCCUAGACUUAAAAGCCCCUUCCGUCCGUACAUAAGAUCUUCAGUUCUCUUGCCUUCAUUUUGAGGGGAAAAGUGGCCCAUGAAGGGACUACAUCAGUUCACCCUGGUUUGUACAGUUAACCCAGCUGAGGUUCCAGCUGCCUUUGGCUACUCAUAUUUGAUGGAGGCUUCUUAAUUAUUUAACUCCUUUUCUUGCCCUUGUAGCUGCUGAUCCAUGGAAAUCACAAAUAACACUGAAAGAUCCUGGCUUUUGUGAAGGAGAUUGUGGUUCAAAUAUGUUUGUUCUGACCUCAUGAGAAUAUCCAUACACAGACUGGCUAAUCUUCCAGUGUAUUCAUCAAGGCACCUCAACCUCCCCAAAUUGUUAAGAAUUUCAUACAAGUUCUCUCUCCAUUGCUGAGCUAUCUUUAGGAGCUGUGGGGGAGAACUUCUUUUAAAUGCUAGAAAAAUCCUUCUGUAUCUACUUUUAAAAGAAAACAGGCUUUUGUGCUUGCAGCUGCACUGGGUAUGUGAGAGACCUGAGGUGGUUUCUGUCUUAAAAAUCAAAUUUAAUUCUGAAAUGAAACCAGGGGGGAGGUUUUGUUGUGAACUUCUAGAUGUUGCACAGAGCAAUGGGAUUCACCUAUGAUUAUGCUUAACUAAAAUUCAUUGGUAAAACUAGUAUCAUGACUUUCCUCUGUGCAGAUGAACAAUACUGAUGUACUUGUGAAUUAUGAGGCUGGGGGAAUUACAGGCUUUGCUGUUGAACUGCUUUUACCAGAGCCACGUACACACAAGUCAGCACUUGGAAAGCUUUUUAAUCAGCCUAGUUUUGGGUAAUCUCUGAAAGCAUCUUGCAACACAAGGGUUAUAUCCACUACUGUCUAAAUUAGAACAUCUAUUUUUACUCUGGUUUCACCUUUACUGUAAAAACCCCUCUUUCUGAAGGGUUGCCUGAAAAUCCAAGUGAGAUGUUAUAUUUGAUUAAAUUUAUUCUCUUAAUAUAAUGUAAAUACAAGUAUUGCUGUCUGUUUCUGUUUUGGUAGUCCUUUUUGUUUUGUUUUUCUUAAAGGACUUGUAUCAGAGUCUUUUUAUAGACCUAUAUCUUUUUCAUUAAAUAUUUUUCUCCAUGCUUUGGAAAUGUUA